UUCUUCUUUUUUAUCAUGUCAAGAAAGAAAUGGAUGUAUGGCGCCUUGUUUAUUACUAUUAGCAUUGGCUUGUUUUAUAUCUUUUUUGAACACAAAGAACCUCUUUUAAAAAACAUUCAAACAUUGGCUUUGGAAAUAAAAUCCAUGCCUUAUGGUUGGCUAGUAAUGGGAUCGAUCACUGCAUUGACUUCAAUUCCACCUAUUUUUGGAUUUACUUUUUCUGUCUUGUUGAAUGGGUUUAUUUAUGGGUUUCCCUUGGGUUGUUAUCCAUCUACUUUGGGUGCUUUUCUAGGUUCCCUAUGGACACUUUUACUCAUGCGCCAAUCUCAUCUGUUAUCAUGGCUUUCACUAUCACCCAACCAUCAAGAGAAAUUUGAGGCUGUUGAACAAGCCAUUGGUCUGGGUGGGUUCAAGAUGGUCUUGUUGAUUCGCCUCUGUCCUAUACCAUGGCAAGUAUCUAAUUUGGUGCUAUCCUUAUGUUCUACUGUCUCAUGGCAAUACUACAUCAUAGCCGCUUUCAUAGCCUGCUUUAAAUAUAAUUGGGAAGUCUGGGUAGGAUCUCAAUUGGCUAAUUUAUCUGAUCCUUCACUACCACCCACUACCCACCGCAUUACAUUAGUUACUAUGGUGAUUGGAUUGAUUGUACUCGCCUGUGUGUUUGGGUGGUUGUAUCGAAUGACAAACAAGAUAUUGAAGCAACAUCAACCUGUGUUUAAAUAUCAAUCUGUUUAAUUUAUGCCGUCAUAACAAUGUGACGUAUUACUCAUCUUUUUUUCUUUCUUUUUCUUUCUUUUUCUUUAUUUUCAAUAAAUG